UUCGAUGACAUGGGAACUUUGUUUCGUUUUCACUGUAAGGAAAGCAAAAGCCAACCUUUCCUCCAAGAAAAUUAUUCAACUUUGGCUCUCCCACAAUUUCCUUGUGGUUUCCGUCUCUUUGAAUAUUAAUUUGAUCUUAUCAAAGACUACAAUUUUUGAUCGGCAGGCUCCUUUUGCAGGCCUUCUUCCUCCCUCGGGAACUUUACUCUUGUGUGUGUCUUCCUUUGUUUCGUAAAACCUCAGCUAGUCAUGGACUCAGAUUUUGAGAAAGAGAGCGAAAGAAAGAGAAGAAAGGUAGAAGGAGAACCACAACCAAGCAGAAUGGAAAGUCUGCCACACGAACUGAUCCUCGAUAUAGUUUCAGGGCUUCCUGUGUCAUCCUUGGUGCAAUUCAAGUCUGUAUGCAAAGGUUGGAGCAAGUUAGCAGGAGAUCCUGAUCUUGUUAGUAUGCACGGUACGCGCAUGGCUGAGAACAAUCCAUGCCUCAUCUUCCACUGCGAUUAUCCUCUCAAGAACCAUCUUUACUUUUUAGAGCUCCCAGCUUGCAUCGAAAAGAAGGAAAAGGUGAAAAAGCUUCGUGUGCCUUUCUGGAGUGCGAUGCCCGAGUUUGAUGUGGUAGGCUCAUGUAACGGUUUGCUCUGCUUAUCUGAUUCAUUAUUUAGUGAUGCACUCUACAUAUAUAACCCUUUCACCAGUAAUUACCAAGAGCUUCCUAAAUCCAUACAAUACUUGAAUCAAGAGUUAGUUUUUGGAUUCGGGUUUCACCCCACGACCAAGGAAUACAAGGUGAUUAGGAUAGUCUAUUAUAAGAAUACAGAUAGAGGUGGCAACCGGCGUGCCUAUAGACUCGCUAACAUGAAGUCAGAUGUUCAGAUUUUCACUUUGGGUUGCUCAAACUGGAGAAGUAAGGGAAAGGUUGCUUAUCAUCUUCUUCAGUCUCCAUCACAAGUCUUGGUUAAUGGAAGACUUCAUUGGGUCACUUGGCCUCGCAGAAACGACCCAAGGCGCAGCAUCAUCUCGUUUGACUUAGCAGAAGAGCAAUUCCAGGAAGUCCUAACACCUGAUUGCUAUACUUUAAACAGGCGCAAGUAUCAUCUGGUGGUUCUAGGAGGUUGCCUUUCUGCUGCGGUUUAUUGUAACUAUGGGAGAUUGGAGAUUUGGGUAAUGAGAGAGUAUGGUGUGAAGGAGUCUUGGAACAAGAAAUUCAGCAUAGGAAACUACGUGCCUAAGGGACUUGAAAAGGAUGUGAACCAAUCUUUCAAGAUUUCUAAGAUUAUUUCCAAAGGAAGGUUUGUUCGCGUUCUAUGCAUCUUGAAGAAUGGCGAGAUCUUGUUGGAGUACAAAAGCAGAGCUCUGGUCUCCUAUGACCCAAUAAGUGGGAAAUUUAAAGACCUUAUGUAUCAGGCUAUACCUAAGUGGUUUCAAGCAGUUGUUCAUGUGGGUAGCCUCAACUGGAUUUGACUGGUGCCAGAAGUGCCAAAAUGGUAAAGUGGAUGAUGGUUCUUUCCCUCAGACUUUGCUUCUAACUGAAAUCGACCAUUCGUUAUUUUCUGUAUAUUGGCUCCCUCUUUUUGAUCAGGUUUUGCAUUUUCCAUCUCCAAUGCCUCGCAGGUAUGUGACUGUGAACAUAUGAAUGUGACAUCUGAGAUCUGUGAUUGUAAAAUUGAAGUCAUAAAUGUGAAAACCCAAUUACAUAUA